AUGAUCCAAAUAGACGGCGUGGGUGGCGCGGCGCAAGCCGUACAAGACACCGAAAAGGAUGCCGCGCUGGCGGUAGUUGGUGAUGUCGCGCAGGAACUUGACCCUAUGGUCGCCAAAAGAGUGCUCCGAAAGAUUGACUGGUACUUCAUGCCGGCCAUGUUGAUAGGAUAUGGCAUGGUUUACUAUGACAAGGCCAUCCUGGGAAGCGCGUCUCUCUUUGGAAUGACAACGGAUUUGGCAUUGCAGGUUGUGGACAACUCGACAACGCCUGCGUCCGUAGAUACGUCGCGUCUCAGUUGGGCAACGUCGAUCUUCUACUUUGGAAUGUUGGCGGGUCUCUACCCCAUGACGCUCACCUUGCAAAAAUUCAACACUCGCUUCGUCCUCGGCCCUGUCGUGCUACUCUGGGCCAUCGUCUGUGCUGCCACGGCAGGUGUGACGACAUGGCGAGGGCUGUUCGUCCAGCGAUUCUUUCUAGGCAGGUCUCCAUCAGCAACCCCUCUGUCCAAAGGAAACUUUUUAACACCGAAUGUUCAGGAACAAGCUCUCCGACAAGCGUGGUGGUUUUCGGGGACUGGCUGGUUUACCAUCAUUGGCGGCGCCCUCAACUAUGGAUUCGGCCAGAUCACAUCGGGCUCCCUGACCCGAUGGCAGUACAUCUAUAUCCUGGCGGGGGCACUGACGUUUCUAUUCGGACUUUGGUGCUGUGCCAUGCCGGACUCUCCUGUGUCGGCCUGGUUCCUGACACCCGAGGAGCGAAUGGUGGCCGUGGAACGCCUUCGAAAAGGACAGACUGGUGUCAGAUGCCAGAAAAUCAAACUCGACCAGGUGAAGGAAUCUUUGACAGAUGUCAAGAUUUACUUGGUGGCGAUCAUGAUGGCGGCAGCAUACACUAUCAACGGUGCGAUCGCUGGUUUUGGACCCUUGAUUGUAUCAACCUUUGGAUACGAUACAUUGGACUCCAUCCUGUUCCAAUUCCCUGUCGGAGCUGUUUGCGUGAUCUUCAUUCCGCUGUGUGGCUACAUUCCCACAAUCGUUCCCAACACGCGAAUCCCAAUGCUCAUCGCCUGCUGCCUUCCUGUAAUCGCUGGAUGUAUCAUGAUCUGGAAGUCCGAAUGGGGCUACCAACCUGCGACGCCUGUUGUUGGAUACGCGCUGACUGGAUUCUUUGGCCCCGUGGUCAGUCUGGUCAUCACAAUCGGUGCUAGCAACGUCGCCGGCGCGACCAAGAAAUCCAUCAUGGCAAGCACGACAUUUGUGGCGUACACUGUUGGUAAUAUAAUCGGGCCACAGCUCAUCAAAAGUGAGACCAUAGCACAGCAUUACCCUGAAUUAUGGAAGGGGAUUAUUAUCUGCUAUUGUAUUACAAUUGCUGCGGCUGUUGCUUUGUACGCGGUGCUGUGGAAAGAGAACCGCUCUCGGGAAUCAUUGGAACUUGAUGAGGUCCAUCGUGACAAAAUCGCUUUCGACGAUCUCACAGACCGUCAAAACCCAUAUUUCCGCUAUGUUUUGUAA